UCCGCUUCCGCACAUGUUUUGGUCAUGAUGAGAUCGGGGACGUCAGGAACGUUAUUAUGGUAGUCGGAAUCUGCUGGGUUCGAUUACAGCGUUGAAGCGUGCUGUUAAUAGACGUCAACGUCAGAUCUAAAGGGAUCGCCAACAUGAAUGUUGUGUACAAAUCUGCAGGCAAAUAUAGGAAACUGCGCGGCACCCGCGCAGGCACGAUCUGCAUCAGAGUGGCUCUUCUUGGGGUCGCCUAUACGGCUGUUGUUGGCGGCUUUAUGUUCUUGAUAACACCCCAUCAAUACAUAAAGCCUUCUCAGAAACCCUUGGAGUUCAAGUCAACAAAAUUUUCCAAAUCACUUGAGAAGGCCGUCGGCUUUCACCCUUCAACAGAUGGCAAGAGUAUUUAGUGUCUGAAAGCACAUUUUGCUGCCGCCACUGGUGUUGUGGGCCGGCCACAGCAACCCUACUGUUGUACAAUUUUGUUAGGAUUUUUUUUAAGCAUUGAUGGCCUCUUUUUUUUUUUUUUUUUUUUUUGUAAGUGAUAAGCAUUGACAAGCUUAUGCAUUAUAUCUAGCCGCAUCUUUUGAGAUCAAGCACUUUUUUUGUAUAUGUAGUCAUUGUUGGAAUAAUUACAUAACUUUUACAAAAACAAGGUGGCGAUUUUGACUCUUUUCUCUGCUACAAAAAGGCCUGAUGUGUGCAUCUGCAAUGCCAUGUGUGCAAGCAUCAGCAACACGUAGACACCUUCUUCGCGAUUCAAACUUUCUGAGAAACCCUGGACAGCCAGUGGUGCCUUGUGACUCUAGAACUAGUAGCAAACUUGUAGCAUGGACGGACGUGCUGUGCGGCCACGGCCUGAGGCCAGGUGCCCAGCUUGUGGGGACUGUGUGGUUGGUGCUAUGGAGGCUCACGUGGAAAAGUGCCUCCAGCGCUUCAGCAAAACCCCCAAGGCUACGGAGGCAUGCAUCUGUGUUGUGUGCCGCAAGGACAUAACGUCUCUUGAAGAAGCCCAGCGGCUGGCUCAUGUGAACAGGUGCCUCGAUGGGGAGGCGGAGGAGCCUGUGCAGGAGCCUGUCGUCUCGACCCCAUCUCGAAAUGGAUCCCCCGGAUUUGUGCUCUUAGACUGUCCCCUCUGCGAACGCUCAUUCAAGACAUCAGAGGCUUGCAAGAACCACAUAAAGCAAUGUAGCACCAAGCUAGGCAUGUCUCCAAAACAAGUAAUUGAUGCCAUCCGCUUGCAACAGCGCUAUGUGCAAGAGAGGAUGGCUGCUGGCCUGCCUGUUGUGAGGAGGAGGCGAAAUGCACCGACAGACGUGUCAACUGCACAGCGACCAGCAAAAAAGCCAAGACCGGUGGCAUCAGUACCCAAAAGCAAAUACCAAGAAGAAGUUCAAAUGGCACGUGCACUGUCUGCAUCAUUGACCACGGCAAGCAAAGACCAGGAGGAGGCUCAACGACGAUUUUGUGAGAUGUUCGGAAGCAGCCAUUCUUCGGGAAGGAGGAGGAAACACGCAGUCAAGGAGACCCCCGUUUUGCUGUUGACAUCAGCCGAUGAACGUGCCAAGAAAGUUGAAGAAAAGAUAGAACACCUCCUAACGCAAAGGAUGAUUGGUCUGGAACUUGGUGAUCUUUCUUGGUGCACAAAGCUGAAAGCUGUUGGAAAGCUUUCGAACCGUAUUAAGGAGCUUUCGACAAAGGAUGCACCACUGUGGAGCCUUGCUGGUCAAUGCAGAGAGCAGCAGGAGGACUACUAUUUGUGUAACCUGCGACACGUUGUCACACCAUCCACAAUAGCAGUGGGGAGCCGGCUGAAGUCUCUGAGCCAGGUGCCAGGCCGCCGCCUUUCUGGAGACCUCGACAUUGUGGACGACUUCACCACAGGAAAGCCGAAGUCAACAUUGGAGGAACGUGAGAGACAACUCAGCACACAGCUGCACCGUGAUGGACUGCUGUCCGCACUUAACGCUACACUGUCAUCUACGGCAGCAUGCUGUGAUGCGACUCAACUGAAGAUGCCCGAUUCCAACGAAAUUGGUCAAGGAUUCCUCACUCAAGAAAAUGAGGAAGAACCAACAAAGGAAGAGCCAUUACUGGCACCUGGUGCAAAGAAAGUCUUGCAGGAUAUGGACACUUUGGUUGGCCACAGGCGGUUUUCUGAUAUCCGGAUAAUCGCACAAGAUGGUUGUGUCAUCCCUGCUCAUCGGGCAGUCUUAUUCACACGCUGUCCUGCUGUUGAGAAGGAGGUCUCUCGUCAGGGGGACAGAGUGCCACUGUUGGACUGGACGUCAAGGUCCAAGGCCUGCGUUCUGGCUUUCCUUCACUAUGUUUACUCUGGUGCUCUCGACCUUGACGACAAUGACAGACGUCUUCAUCUUGAGCUCAGGGGCAUGGCUUUCAGGUACAGCAUGGCAGAGCUUUGUGAGGAAUUGAAAGACCGUUACUUUAGAAACGAGUGCGAACAAGACGGCACCGGUGACCAAGAGGCUGAUACUAGUCUGGAUGAAAUCAUUUCUUCUUUCUGGGAGAAUGGUGAUAACCACAAUGACCACAGUGAGGAGCCUGUAAAUGUUGACAGUGAUAAUGUCGAGUCAUUAGAAGAGGUUUGUGAUUUCCUGUCAAGUCAGCGUCCACAAAAUAUUGAAGGUGCUGAUUACUGCAAGAACUCAAGAGAGCGCUCCAGUGAGACUCUGCUGGUGCUGCCGCCACUUCAGACAAGUCUGGAACAGACAAACCAGCUGACAUCAAGGUCUUCGCUAGAGCAAAGCUGCACAGAGACCUCGCCACAGGUUCAUCGACGGCCGGGAACUCCUUUCUCUGCGCCUGCCCCCGCUAGCCCUAUUCAGUCUGAAGACGAGCACGCGUGGACAGACCGCAGUGAGAGCCACCACCGCAUCGAGGAUCAUGAUGACUUUGAGGGUGAGGAGAUGGACCACAUUGAGGAUGGCGUGGCUUCAGGCCAUGAUGACAGCGACAGCAGCUCAGAGGAACUGUUUGGCGAAUCCAAUGAUUCGGCUGCAAGCGUUGGCAACAGCACGGAUGCAGAAGAGGACGUAGAAGAUCAAGAAGGGUGCCCUCGCGGCAGGAGGCAAGGCGGAACAGCAGGGAGGACGAGCCCAUGGUGCAGGGUGACUCAAGGAAGUGGGGAGAAGUGCAAGGACACAGAUGAUGUGUGGGACUGCGUCUGGGAUGGCUUUGAUGAUGGUGCGCAGCAGGACCCAGCUCCUCCCGAGCGCAGUGCCUCCUCUGCUUCGAGAUGGGACCGCCAAUCACCUGCUGCUGCCAAGGCGCCCAACAGCGAAGAGGUUCCUCAGGAGAUGCUCGACUCCUUCUUUUUCGAGGAGCAGGGAGAUAAUGGAGUAACACCUGCUGGUCUGGAACACACGCCUGGGUCCGUGGCUCGAUAUCCUGGAGCAUCGAGCCGUGCCUUCGCACCAGUGACGCCUCAGCCGGACUAUAGAGCCAUGCACACACCAGAGCUGCGAGACCAGCUUCAGCGAUUUGGUGUGCGCAAGUUGCCACGGAAACAAGCUGUGAACGUACUCAGCCGCAUAUAUGACGAGACUCACCCGUUGGUUCCUGAAACACCUGUAAGGAUCACGUUCCCGAGGCAGGGUAUGAAUACAAGUGACGAUAGAAACUAUAGAAGCGAACAGCUGUUAAGAAGCAGCCGAUCUGAGCAAUUCUCCGGGAGUGCCAGCAUUACUGAAGAACCCUCCCAUUACAGUGUGUCGUCAAGGAGCAGUGGUGAAGAUGGGAGCUCCAGUGAUAGUGACAGUGAUGUCAAAGAACAACUGAGACGCUUCUUUGAGAGGAAUACAGAACUGUCAGAGAGCAUCUUAAUGUACGAGCCUAUUGACUUCCAAAUGCUUCAUCUAAAUCUCAAGCAAGCCAAUAUCAGGAUAUCUUCUAAGAGCCUGAUAAACUAUCUGGAUGAGCAAUGCAUCACAUUCACCAUGCCUCGCUCUGAAAAGCAGCAGGCAAAGCAGAGACGACGACAGGAAAACUUCAGGCGUAGGGUGCUUGGCAAGUGCGGUUCCCACACUGCACAGGAUGGCCUGCCGUAGACUGGCAAAGGGGACACACGUGUGGACAUGUCCUCACAUUGGCUCAGUUCUUUCACCAUCAAGAUACAAUGGGCCAAGUCGGAGAGCUAUUGACCAUUUUGUACCAGUUGCACAAGAGCCAUGCAGCAAAAUAUAUGCUUCUUUUUUCAUA